UUGUUUGGUCAUGAGUUUGGUCACAUUGCCUCCUCCUCUUAUGAUCAAGCCACUAUGAACUUUGUAGAGAGCUUCGGAAACAUUGCAGGCGGGGUUGGUGUCACAACUUCCUUUUGUGCGCAAAGAUUUAGAUUGAGAGGCUCGAGGGUAGCAGACGAGAGCACACCAGUUCAUCGACAUGUCAAACCCAGUCAUUACUCAUCAGCCGGGUGCAGCCUCCUACGGCACUAAUGUGCAGACAGGAGAGUGGAGCACUGGCCUCUGCUCCUGUUGUAGCGACCUGCUCGUCUGUGCUCUUGGUUGCAUCUGUCCGAUUGCACUGAGCUGCUACACAGCAAACAAGUAUGGUGAGAAUGCAUGCCUAGCAUGUGUUCCUGGAGGCAUGGCCGCUAUGAGGACACACAUGAGACUGACCUACGGCAUCCAAGGUACAAUAUGCAAUGAUGCCCUGAUGACCUGCUGCUGUGGAAUAUUUGAGACAUGUCGAAUGGCCAGAGAAAUUCGUAUUAGAAAUGGAGAGGCCUAAUUAGGUAAUACUACUGUGACUGUGCUUUGUAGCAGAGAAACCCCAUCACUGCAGGCUAUAGAUUUGUAUUGUCCUUUCUUUUGUAACAGGACAAUCAACUGGAUUUGAUUUGAUUUGAUUUGAUUUAUUGUACCAAAUAUAUUCAAUAACACCUUCAAAAUGUAAUGGUCUAAGUUAAAUGUGUAGCAAUCUUUUUUUUUUUCUUUGACAUCUCUACUUUAAGAAAACAUAAUAUAUUUUACCAAAUCAAUAUGAAAAUGUUCCACGCUGUACAGAUAACAUUGGACGAAGUUUUAAAAAGGUUUAAUGACCUAAUAAAUAAACAUUAAUAAACAGAA